UAAUACAGUAAAAUAUGUAAUGAAUAUGUAAAACCAUGAGUGUAAUUGCAGAUUAUUGUUUUUAUCCAUAAUAUCAAAUCAAAUGUCAUUGCACAUUAAAUAAUUGUUGAGGGUAGAGGGUUUCAUCCAGCACACAUCCUUCACUUACUACUUUAGCAGUCUGGAUUCUGAUUAAAUUGAAAUCAUAAUGAGUUUAUUUUAACCUUGAGGUAUAUUUGGAACGUGAACAAAACUUCACAGCCACAUUUAGAAUGUGAUGUCACAGAGCGGAACAUUAUGAGUAUAAAUAAGCUUAACUGACCAGUGUGGUGGUGCCCAGUGUGUGUUAACUGAGAAGUGAAGUCGUGUUAAAUCACAUUAGGUUAACCGUUCCAACUUUGGAUUUUAAUAUUGCAGCAGACUUAUAUUUGUCUGAACUUGUUAUUUUACGUUCACUGAAAGCAUUUUUGAGGAGAAACUCCAAAUAAAUUUCCAGUUACAUCAACUGACACACUUGCUCCCAACGAGGUACGGCAAUGUCCUCGAACAAGGAUGACCAGCUGGUCACAGGCGGCUGGCUCAUGUCGGGGUCUUCUACCUAUCAGGUGCAGUCUCUCCUGGGGCACGGCACCUUCGGCAGUGUUGCAAAAUGCACCAGGAUGGACGACAUGAAGACAGUGGCCAUCAAAAUGAUAAAGAAGGGGGACUUUGAUGUGCACCAGGCCAGUUUAGAGAUGGCUGCUCUGAUGAAACUGAAAUCACUGGACCCGGACGAAUGCAACCUAGUUCGAUGGUACCAGGUUUUCAUCGACAGAGGUAACAUCUGCUUGGAGUUUGAGCACCUGGACAAAAGUCUGUUUGACUUACUGCAGGAGAGGGAUUCCCAACCGCUUCAUCUGAACGAGAUCAGGCCCAUUGUCCAGCAGCUCGCCUGUGCACUCGGCCACUUGAAGGCUGUUGGGGUAAUACAUGCAGACCUCAAGUUGGAAAAUGUCAUGUUGGUCAACCAUCUUCAGGAGCCCUACAGAGUGAAAGUCAUUGACUUCGGCCAAGCACAGAAUGUGUCUGCUGGCCAGUUGGGCUCGUACAUUCAGACGCGUCAAUACCGAUCUCCAGAGAUCAUUUUGGGUUUUCCGUUCACAGAGGCCAUAGAUAUGUGGUCUCUGGGAUGCUUGGCUGCCGAGUUGUUCCUCGGCAGGAUGCUCUACCCUGGCAGUUGUGAAUAUGAUAUCAUCAGGAACAUAGUGGAGAUUCAGGGUCAACUGCCAGACAACAUUCUCACCACUGGAUUGAAAACAUGCAAUUUUUUCCAGAGAGACGACAGCUCCACCAACACUCUCUGGAAACUCAAGAACUCACAACAGUUCCAUAGAGAGACAGGGAUCCGGCCAAAGAAGACCAGGAGGUCAAAGCUCACCUCGCUGGACGACCUCCUGCACAUCCGGAUCAUUACCAGUGAAAAAGUUGCUGAGAAGUAUGUAGAGAUGCGUGAUGUGCACAUGUUCAUGGACAUGCUGAAAGGAAUGCUUCCACUCGAUCCUGCCAAACGGAUGACACCCCAUCAGGUUCUGGAGCAUCACUUCACCAUCAUGUAUCACUUUAUCCACCUGUACCCCUGCAGCUGCUAUGUUAGUUCCGCCUUUCAUAUGAUGGAUGUUUGCCGGAAACAAGACUCCACCUUCCCACAGUGGGAUAAAUCCAAGACCACCAACCCCGUCCAGGCCCACUGCAUCAAACACAUCCCUGCACCAGUGCCCAGACCACGGGUUCAAAAACAGGUCAGGGAGGAAGAGAAAGGGUAGUUGAUGUCGAUGGACAAAUAAACACCACGGCCACUGCUCCGAUGAUCCACCCACAAGGAACGUCCUGCCAGAAGCAUAUCUCCUCCAUUAAGAGGAAGAUCACUAAUCAUGCAAAUAGAGUGAUACGCAUUUGAGUAUUAGUCUGUCUACGCCAGGCUCGACGUAGACCACCUCCAACUGAGUUCACGUCCUUCAAUCAGCUACGGGACAGAGAGAGACCGGCUCAGUCAGGUUGGAGAGGGAAGAGACCUGCUGACGAAGAUGCGCUGCCUCCAAAAACAGGACCAGAGGACAGGAGACGAGCCCGUUGGAGAAGGAGCUCCGCUGUCUGUCCAGUGUGUGGUGGGGAGGGUGCUCAGGAUUUAUCCAUGAUACAGAACAGUUUGUUCAGUGUCCUCCUCUCCACCGCAGAUUGAACAGUCUCCAGCUUGCAGCCUAUCACAGAGCCAGCCUUCGAAAUCAGUUUGUUGAGUCUGUUUGUGUCUUUCCAGGUUGAGUAUAGUGUGUUACGGAGAGGAAGGUAGAUAUGGUGUUUGUGUUACAGUGACAAUAAAUAUGUGGAACUAACAUCAUUAGAAGGACAAUAUGAACAUAAGAUAAUAUUUUGAAUAUAUAUAAAACAUGUAUAAACUAUGACCGGGCUUCCCCAGAGAAACCAACCACACAAACCUCCAGCAAACCUCUAGCUGACACACACACACACACACACACACACUCUUCUCUCAGUCAGCCACCCACACUCGGUCACGAGGGACCAGUGCGUGGUUGCACCAGUGUAUCUGCCAUUUUCUGGUGUGACUUUUCCCCACAUGUGCUCGAGUGAGUGCCGUAUAGAAACAGUGUGUAUGCGUGUGCGCCCGUCCGCGCACCGUGUGUCUAAUGCAUUUGCCUCGCUUAUAGGAUUCCUCAGUGCUCCGAGUUGAGGGUGGGUUGGAAAUCCCUUAGUUUAGCAACACUGUGGUCCAGCCACGCUGCGGCGUGCAGGGAGAGACACUCACAUUCAUCAUCUUCUUCAUCUGCAGCCGGCUGCCAGCCGCAAGAGAGGAAACUGCAGGCAGGUUUAUGAGUAUUUUUUUCUCUCUUUUCACAGACUGUCAUUUGUUUGGGACCAUGGUUACGUCUGGUCCUUUGUGUCUUUACGUCUUCCAUCACAUUCAAUAUGUAAGACAGCUGAGAUCAAAGUAAUGACGUGAUGUACUACAAACCCUGGUCUGGCAUAUCCCCAUUGGCCAGUGGGGGGCAGUGCAGUUAAAGCUCAAAAAGGGAGAAGGUCAAAAGAUUCAAAUCCAAUUCAUCUUGGAGUCAAUUUAAUGCACAUACACUUGACUAAACAGAUGUCCGGAUGACCUGAGUUCUGCACAGAGCCGUGCUGAUAGACCCCCACAACGAUCGCUGAGGUCAAUACUAAUAAAAGAAAUAUACACAACCUGAAUAUACUGUUUUAUAUAAUGACUUCAUGAAUGUGUUUAUCAAGGUCGUGCGAAUCCACACACUACAUCUCUUGCUAAAGCGUAGCGAAAUAGGCCGUUAGCCUCGGCGGAGGUACGUGCUCUCUCCAACGGCCUUUUGUUAAUUUUUGGCUUGAGAGUGAAAAGAGGUGAGACGCUGGGUCAGUCCCUCGAUGUGACUGUUUAUGUCUGUGAGGCAAGUUUUAACACAACACGAUAGAGACAGAGCAAAUAGUGCAAACGUCUCUAUCCUUCAGUGGCUUUGUAUUGGUCCAGCUAAUAAGAUAGAAGUAGGAAACUGGAAUACCUCUUAAAUACGAU